AUGGACCGGGUAAUGCGCGCCAUCAACCACUCCAACCGUUUAUCCAUUUUUCCCCACAUAUCCUUCUCCACUCCGCCCCCUCCUUCCUCCCCCCCGCCCCCUUCCCCCGCUCCCCCCCCCCUCCCAGGACCCCUCGGGUUCGUGAUGGACCGGGUAAUGCGCGCCAUCAACCGCUCCAACCGCGCGCUCCUCCGCUCCACCUCCCGCUCCGCCAGAACCCCCGCCGCCCCUCUGCCAGGGGGGGCCAGCGACAGCAGCGCGGCUAACGGGGGAGCGGGAGGGGGGAGCGGGGGAAGCGGUGGCGGCGGAGGAGGGGGAGGGGUGGGGGUGGGGGUAGGGUGCAUGUCUCUGGACGAGCCUUGCUCUCCCUCCUCACGCCCCUCCUCCGCUUCCGGGCAUGGGAAUGAUCAUAACGCUCCCCCCAGCUCCUCUCUCCCCGGGGAAGUCGACAUUUCGAAUUCUGUCCCGCGCCCCACCUCCUCCUCUCCUGCCCUCUCCUCCGCACGAUCGUUUUCCAUCCGACGGCUGCUGUCGCGGUCGUCCGCGGGGGCGGCAGCUUCGGAUCCGGCAGAGGGUACGGGGAUCGGCAGUCCCAAGGCGAGCAUCAAGGGGAAUCCCACGGGCAGAUCGCCCCGCACGUCUGCUGACUUGGCUGCUCUGCAGGCUCUUGGUGGGUGUGGCCGAAACAGGUGGGUGUGGGCGAAACAGGUGGGUGUGGGCGAAACAGGUGGGUGUGGGCGAAACAGGUGGGUGUGGGCGAAUCAGGUGGGUGGGUGUGGGAGAAACAGGUGGGUGUGGGUGGGAGAAACAGGUGGGUGUGGGUGGGAGAAGCAGGUGGGUGUGGGCGAAAGAGGCCUGGGGCCAGACGCGCGCAUUCUCUUCACCCCUGAGAGCGUGAUGGCGCUGGAGAAGGCGAUGGGGGCAACAGACACCACCAUCCUUACACACCCACUCGCUGGAGAAGGCGAUGGGGGCGCGGGACAUGGCUCUCAUGAACCCCGCCUGGGGUCAGAUGCGCGCAUCCUCUUCACCCCUGAGAGCGUGACAGCGCUGGAGAAGGCGAUGGGGGCGCGGGACAUGGCUCUCAUGAACCCCGCCUGGGGCCUGGGGUCAGAUGCGCGCAUCCUCUUCACCCCGGAGAGCGUGACAGCAUUGGAGAAGGCGAUGGGGGCGCGGGACAUGGCGCUCAUGAACCCCGUGCUCGUGCAGUCCUCCCUCUCUUGCCGCCCUUUCUAUGCCAUCCUGCACCGCCAAUCCUCCUCCUCCCCCUACACCACCGCUGCUGCCGCCGCUGCUGGUGUGGCAAACGGAAAUGGGGAAUCCAACACUCCUACGACUAGCAGCAAGGUCAAGCGCGGCACAAUUUUAAUCGACCUCGAGCCGAUUCUUCCCUCCGACCCGGCUGUGAACGGUGCUGGGGCUCUGCACUCCCACAAGCUCGCCACCCACGCUGUCUCACGCCUGCAAGCCAUCCCCUCUGGAAGCAGCCUCGAUUUACUCUUCCAGGCGCUGGUAGAGGAGAUUCGGCAGCUCACAGGGUACGAUAGAGUCAUGGCGUAUAAAUUCCACGAGGACGAACACGGGGAGGUUAUAGCAGAGGACCGGAAACGCCCCCUAGAGUCUUAUCUUGGACUGCACUACCCCUCCACGGAUAUUCCCAAGGCGUCCCGGAUUUUAUUCUUGAAGAAUCGGAUCCGCAUGAUCUGCGACGCGAAGUCGAAGCCGGUGAAGGUGGUGCAGGAGAGGGGGUUUCUGAAGCAACCUGUGAGCCUGUCGACGUCCACGCUGCGGGCGGUGCAUGGGUGCCAUGCACAGUACAUGCAGAACAUGGCUAUCUCCGCGUCUCUCUGCCUGUCUAUUGUUCUCAGGGACCAGGAGGCGUUGCCAGCGGCGAUUGGCGGGAGAGCGGGCGGGGGCGGGGCGGAGGGGGAGGAUGGGGGAGGAGGAGGGGGAGGUGGGGGAGGGGGAGGGGGAGGGGGAGUGUUGUCGACACUGGAUGAGGUGAAGGGGAGGCGGCUGUGGGGGAUGAUUGUGUGUCAUCAUACGUCCCCGCGCUAUGUGCCCUUCCCUGUGCGCUCUGCCUGCGACUUCCUCAUGCAGGUGUUCACGCUACAACUGGCCAAGGAGCUGCAGCUGCAGGCGCAGCAGAGGGAGCAGCAGAUCCUGCAGCUGCAGACGCAGCUGUGCCACAUGAUGCUCGCCAACGCGCCCUUCCACGCCCUCAUGGCCCCCGACGCGCGCCCCUCCGUGCGCGAUCUAGUGGAGUGCGACGGUGCUGCCUUGCUGGUGGAUGGGGAGUUCUACUCCUGUGGGACUGCACCCACCAAGGAACAGGUGCUCUCCAUUAUCGAGUGGAUCCAAACGGCCCACCCCAACACCACGGGCCUCACCAUCGACAGCCUCCUCGCGGCCGGCUACCCCCACGCAACCUCCCUCGGGGACUCCGUGUGUGGGGUAGCAAUGGCUCAGAUCGGCGAGUCUGACUUCAUCCUGUGGCUGAGAUCGCACGUGCAGAAGCAGAUCCACUGGAGCGGCGCGAAGCAGAAGCCCGGGAAGGCCCCGAAGGACGAUAUAAAGAAGAUGAACCCGCGGCAGUCGUUUGAGGCGUUUCUGGAGGUGGUGAGGCACCGGUCGGCGCCGUGGCAGGACCUGGAGGUGGACGCGAUCCACUCGGUGCAGAUCAUUCUCAGAGAUGCCGUUCACAGGAUGCGCCUUGGUGUGCCCGUCGGGGGAGGAGGGGGCGGUGCUGCUGAAAUGGCACUCUCUCCAGAGGAGCUGGACAAGCUGUACGCGGCAACCUUUGAUCAGCUCGUGCACUUCAUCGAGACGGCGUCUGCGCCGAUCCUGGCCGUAGAUCGUGAGGGGUGCAUCACGGGGUGGAACAACAAGGUGGCGAUGCUCACAGGGCUGCCCUUCUCUGCCGCCAUCGGGAAAUCUCUGGUCGACGAUCUAGCAGACGUGCAGUCCAAGACGCAGCUUCAUGCUGCUCUCGACCUCGCCUUCCAAGGGCGCGAGGCACACAACAUUCAGCUGCGCCUGCACUCGUGGGGAACAGAGCGCAGCCUCUCCGGGCCCUCAGCACGCACCGCCAGCACAGGCAGCGCCGCAGCCGCUGCAGCUGCUUCCGCCACAGCAGCAGCUGGCAGCACCGCCGGCGGCGCUACAGCCGGUGCCGAGGCCCUUGGGAUUGACGUGGGGUCGUCUGUGAUCCUAUUGGCCAAUACGUUUGUGAGCCGCGACGCGCAGCAGGAGGUGCAGGGGGUGUGCUUCGUGGGGCAGGAUGUGACGGUGGAGAGGGUGGUGAAUGACAAAUUCAGGAAGGUCAAGGGGGAUUAUGAAGCGAUUGUGCACGCGCACAGCUCGCUCAUCCCCCCCAUCUUCGGCUGCGAUGAGUUUGGGCUGUGCACGGAGUGGAACGCGGCGAUGGAGAGGGUAACAGGGUUCACGCGCUUUGAGGUGUGGGAGCGCAUGCUCAUCGGGGACGUCUUUGGCUCCCUCUGCCGCAUGGAGAGCGGCGACGCCAUGACGAAGCUCAUGAUCGUCAUCAGCAAGGCCAUGGCCGGGCACGAGGCUGUGAAGGUUCCUUUCUCCUUCCUCAACCGCCAGAGAACUCUGAUGGAGCUGCUGUUAUCUGUCCAUCCAAGGCAUUCAGCAGAUGGAAGCUCUGUCGUGGGCGCCUUCUGUUUCCUCCACACGGCCUCUCUGGAGCUCCGGCAAGCCGUCGACAAGCAGAAGAUUGCGGAAAAGCUCGCCUCAGACAAGGCUAGGCAGGUGGCUUAUGUGAGGGAGAUGAGCCGAGGACCGUUGGAUGGGCUGGCGUACUCGUUUGCGCGCAUGGAGAAAAUGGGCGUGGGGUUCUCGGGAAAGCAGCUGCCGUGGGUGCGCACGGGCGUGGCUCUGGAGACACAGCUGCGGAAGAUUGUGAGCGACACUGACAUGCUCGCCAUUGAACAGGGCCAAGCACCGCUUGCUACGCUGCCGUUCACCAUGGAGACCGUGUGUGGGGCAGUCAUCAGCCAGGCUACCCUGCUAGCCACGCGCAAGGGCGCCAAGCUCACUCUCGAGCUGAGCAGUGACGUCAAGACGCUGCCUCUGUGUGGGGAUGCUCCGAGAUUGCAGCAGAUUCUGGGCGGGCUGCUGUGUGCAGCAGUGAGCCACACGCAGGCCACGGGGCUGGUGAAGCUGGAGGUGACUCAAAAGGGGUCGCGACUCUUCCGAGGGACCACAACCAUGGCAGAACUCGAUAUAAGAAUCUCCCACACGGGUCGGGGCCUGCCAGAGGAGAUAAUCAACCAGAUGUUUGACUCCAAUGCUGCCACCACCUCUACCGCCACCGCCACCACCACCACCGCCACCACCCCAACUGCUGCCUCCUCUGCCGUUGCUUCCGGUGACAGAAGCUUCGGUCGCGCGAGCAGCGAUGGUGGGGGCAGUGUCGGGGGGAUGAGCGUGGGAGGCAUGAGCACGGGGAGCGGUGCGUUAAGAAGUAAUGCAGAGGGCGUGUCGCUGAGCCUUAUAAGGAGGAUGCUGAAGAGUAUGAAGGGAGAGGUAGUGUAUACGAGGGAGACCGGGCGCUGCUUCUUCUGGGUGCAUGUGGACUUCCCCUUGUCCUCUGCUUUACGAUGGGGCGGUGCUGCUGCUGCUGGCGGUGCUGCUGGUGGUGUUGCCGGUGUGCCUGCAGCUGGUGCUCCUGCUGCCCUUUAA